GUCAGCUGGCCAUAAUCUGUAAGCAUCAUGGAAGAGUAAGGAUCUGCUGUCCCUCACCCCGAUGAGAGCCGCUUGCCUUCUCAGACUCUGACAAGACUCCAGGAAACCAAGAUGGAUUACAGUUCCUUCAGUGGAGCCCCAAGGUUCCUGACUCGGCCUAAGGCCUUCAUGGUGUCGGUGGGGAAGGAUGUCACCCUGAGCUGCCAGAUUGUGGGAAACCCCAUCCCACUGGUGAACUGGGAAAAGGAUAAGCUUCCGAUCCAGUCGGGGGGAAGGUUUAAAAUGGUGGAAGAUGGUGAUCUGUACCGGCUAACAAUUUAUGACCUGAGCUUAGAGGACAGUGGUCAGUAUAUCUGCAGGGCCAAGAAUACCAUUGGGGAAGCUUUCACUGCUGUCAGUAUCAAAGUUGGGGAGGAGACAACGGUGACAGAAUCGGCCCCUUACUUCAUCCAGAAACCCUCCUCCAUCAGAGUGACCCUGGGAGAUGAUGUUACGUUCAAAUGUAAAGUCCAGGGCAGCCCACCUCUCUCUGUGAACUGGGAGAAAGAUGGAAGGCACUUGAGGGGCUGGUCUGACUCCAACCGCUUCCAGAUUGAGUCCCUCGGGGAGUCAAAUGCUCUCAAGAUCCAGUGCGCUCGGUUGGGGGAUAGUGGGACAUACAUGUGUCGGGCAGAGAACCCCAUUGGCUCUGCCAGUGCUACCGCCACCCUGGUGGUGGACACCCAUGGUUCUUACAGUCUGAGCAGCAGCCAUCUAGACACAGGCUAUGGCAAGACUGCCUCCUUGCUGUCUCAUUUGCAAAAGAGGCGCGAGGAAAUCAGGAAGAUGGACACAUCCAUACCCGCAACGCCACCUUCGGUGCUGACGCGUACCUUCAACGUGACCGAGGGGAAGCACGCCAAGCUGAGCUGUUAUGUGACAGGAGAGCCCAAGCCGGAGAUCGUGUGGAAGAAGGAUGGCGAGGUGAUUGCAGAGGGGCGCCGGCACAUGGUGUACGAGGACGAACAGGAGAACUUCGUGCUGAAGAUCCUUUUCUGCAAGCAGGUCGAUAACGGGCUUUACACCUGCACAGCCUCCAACCUGGUGGGACAGACCUACAGCUCCGUGCUGGUGACUGUCAGAGAGCCCACAAUACCGUUCAAGACAAAACUGAAGGAUGUUGAAGUUCAGGAGAAAGAAUCUGCCACCUUCCAGUGUGAGGUGCCCGUCCCUAGCACUGAAACUGCCUGGUUCAAGGAGGAGACCAAACUCCAGCAGAGCAAGAAGUACAACAUUGAAGAAGAGGGAACGUACCGCCGGCUCACCGUCCAGAAUGUCACCACGGACGAUGAUGCCGUCUACAUCUGUGAAAUGAAGGAGGGAAGCAGGACCAUCGCGGAACUGACUGUCCAGGGGAACAUCAUUAAAAAACUGCCACGGAAGACUGCGGUCCCCAUAAACGACACAGCCAUAUUCUGCGUGGAGCUGGACAAUGAGAGCCAGAACAUCCACUGGCUGAAGAAUAUGGAAGAAGUGAAGCCCAAUGACCGAAUCACCAUCACGUCAUCUGGCAAGCAACAUACGCUGAUUAUCCGGGAGUGCAAGAUGGAAGACGCUGGGGAGAUUGCAUUCCUGGCUGAUGAGUGCAGAACAUCUACUCAGUUCACUGUGUCCACUCCAAGAAAACCCCCCUCUCAUCCCCCAUCCGACCCCGUGGUGAAAAAUAAAACAGAAACCUCAGUGACGCUUGCCUGGUCCCCUCCCAAAAUGGAGCAACUCAUUCUCAUCGAUGGCUACCUGGUGGAACGUAAGAAACUGACUGGCUUUACCUGGAUGAGAUGCCACCAGUCUCACAUCCCCGUCCCAGAGUUCACAGUGAGCGAUCUGGCAGAAGAGGCAGACUACCAGUUCCGAGUGUCCGCAGUCAACAGCUAUGGGCAGAGCUCUUACCUAGAGUUCCCAGGAACCCUGCAUCUCGAACCAGCAUUGGCUGUGAAAACUCCCCUGACAGAUGUUGAAGCUAUUGCAGGAGGUGAUGCUACCUUUAUUGUUGACCUCACGACCGAUUGUUCUGGCACCUGGUACCUUAAUGGCAAAGCCAUACAGAGCAGUGAAAUAUACAUCAUUCGGAGAACCAAAACCACCCACCUCCUCACCAUAAAAAACGUCACCAAGAAUGACGAUGGAGCAGAGGUGAAAUUUGUCGCCAAGAACGUUGAAACCAGUACCAAGAUGAAAGUAAAAGCUGCUGCAGUAAGAAUCACCAACAAGAGUGGAGAUAUAGAAAAGGUCUCUGCUCGGCUGCGUGAGGAGGCACAGCUUUGGGCAGAGCUUUCAGACGCGGCUGCUGCCGUGAAGUGGAUGAAGAAUGGGAAGGAAAUCCAGGCCAGUCCAAAAUACGAAUUGAAAACAGCAGAGAAGAAACGCAUCCUGAAAAUUCACAGCAUCACAGCAGAGGAUGCUGGCAUUUAUGAAUGUGUCUGUGAAGGGGAUGAAAUAGUCUAUCAGCUCUCAGUGAAAGCACUCGUGCACUUCACAAACAAAGAGAAAGCUGGCGGUGUUCUCAUCGCCACCUCUGGAAAACAGGCCGAGUUUGUUUCUGAGACCUCUGAAGCCAAUGUCAUGGUGCAGUGGUACAAAGAUGGCAAAGAAAUCAGACGCACAAAGAAAUUCACCCUGGAGGAUAACGGAAAGCUGCACAAGCUCAUCGCCUCAGCUGUAACGAAAGAAGAUGAGGGAACGUACAUGUGCAAAGUUGGAGAGGACACUCUAGUUUUCAAUUUAAAGGUCUCAGAACCUGAAGAAGUGUUUGCAAACCAGGAGAAGGUGCAGAAGGAGGUGAAGGCUGCCCUGACAGAGAGCACCACCUUGAGCUGUGAGGUGGCCCAGGCCAAGACUGAAGUGAAAUGGUACAAGGAUGGGAAACUGAUCACCUCCAGCAAGAAAUUCAAAGUGGAGUCUGAGGGCAAAUCCCGGCAUCUGGUCGUGGAGCAGGUGGAGAAGAAAGAUGCUGGAGAGUACACCUGUGAGGCUGCAGGCCAGAAACUGACCUUCAAGAUUAUCAUCACAGAGAGAGAGGACGUAUUUGCAAACCAGGAGAAGGUGCAGAAGGAGGUGAAGGCCGCCCUGACAGAGAGCGCCAUCCUGAGCUGUGAGGUGGCCCAGGCCAAGACUGAAGUGAGAUGGUACAAGGACGGGAAACUGAUCACCUCCAGCAAGAAAUUCAAGGUGGAGUCUGAGGGCAAAUCCCGGCGUCUGGUCGUGGAGCAGGUGGAGAAGAAGGAUGCUGGAGAGUACACCUGUGAGGCCGCAGGCCAAAAACUGACCUUCAAGGUUAUCGUCACAGAAAUGGAAAAGGUGUUUGCAAACCAGGAGAAGGUGCAGAAGGAGGUGAAGGCCGCCCUGACAGAGAGCGCCACCCUGAGCUGUGAGGUGGCCCAGGCCAAGACUGAAGUGAAAUGGUACAAGGAUGGGAAACUGAUCACCUCCAGCAAGAAACUCAAAGUGGAGUCUGAAGGCAAAUCCCGGCGUCUGGUCGUGGAGCAGGUGGAGAAGAAAGACGCUGGAGAGUACACCUGUGAGGCCGCAGGCCAGAAACUGACCUUCAAGGUUCUUGUCACUGAAAUGGAAGAGAUGUUUGCAAACAAGGAGAAGGUGGAGAAAGAGGUGAAGGCCGUCCUGACAGAGAGCGCCACCCUGAGCUGUGAGGUGGCCCAGGCCAAGACUGAAGUGAAAUGGUACAAGGACGGGAAACUGAUCACCUCCAGCAAGAAACUCAAAGUGGAGUCUGAGGGCAAAUCCCGGCGUCUGGUCGUGGAGCAAGUGGAGAAGAAAGAUGCUGGAGAAUACACCUGUGAGGCCGCAGGCCAGAAACUGACCUUCAAGGUUCUUGUCACUGAAAUGGAAGAGGUGUUUGCAAACAAGGAGAAGGUGGAGAAAGAGGUGAAGGCCGUCCUGACAGAGAGCGCCACCCUGAGCUGUGAGGUGGCCCAGGCCAAGACUGAAGUGAAAUGGUUCAAGGACGGGAAACUGAUCACCUCCAGCAAGAAACUCAAAGUGGAGUCUGAGGGCAAAUCCCGGCGUCUGGUCGUGGAGCAGGUGGAGAAGAAAGAUGCUGGAGAAUACACCUGUGAGGCCGCAGGCCAGAAACUGACCUUCAAGGUUCUUGUCACUGAGAGAGAGGAUGUGUUUGCAAACCAGGAGAAGGUGCAGAAGGAGGUGAAGGCCGCCCUGACAGAGAGCGCCACCCUGAGUUGUGAGGUGGCCCAGGCCAAGACUGAAGUGAGAUGGUACAAGGACGGGAAACUGAUCACCUCCAGCAAGAAAUUCAAGGUGGAGUCUGAGGGCAAAUCCCGGCGUCUGGUCAUGGAACAGAUGGAGAAGAAGGAUGCUGGAGAGUACACCUGUGAGGCUGCAGGCCAGAAACUGACCUUCAAGAUUCUUGUCAUUGAGAUGGAAGAGGUGUUUGCAAGCAAGGAGAAGGUGCAGAAGGAGGCGAAGGCCGUCCUGACAGAGAGUGCCACCCUCAGCUGUGAGGUGGCCCAGGCCAAGACUGAAGUGAAAUGGUACAAGGAUGGGAAACUGAUCACCUCCAGCAAGAAAUUCAAAGUGGAGUCUGAGGGCAAAUCCCGGCAUCUAGUUGUGGAGCAGGUGGAGAAGAAAGAUGCUGGAGAGUACACCUGCGAGGCUGCAGGCCAGAAACUGACCUUCAAGAUUGUUGUCACAGAGAUGGAAGAGGUGUUUGCAAGCAAGGAGAAGGUGCAGAAGGAGGUGAAGGCCGUCCUGACAGAGAGCACCACCCUGAGCUGUGAGGUGGCCCAGGCCAAGACUGAAGUGAAAUGGUACAAGGAUGGGAAACUGAUCACCUCCAGCAAGAAAUUCAAGGUGGAGUCUGAGGGCAAAUCCCGGCGUCUGGUCGUGGAGCAGGUGGAGAAGAAGGAUGCUGGAGAGUACAUCUGUGAGGCCGCAGGCCAGAAACUGACCUUCAAGGUUCUUGUCACUGAGCCUGAAGAAGUGUUUGCAAACAAGGCGAAGGUGCAGAAGGAAGUGAAAGCCGUCCUGACAGAGAGCGCCACCCUGAGCUGUGAGGUGGCCCAGGAAAAGUCAGAAGUGAAAUGGUACAAGGAUGGGAAACUGAUCACCUCCAGCAAGAAAUUCAAAGUGGAGUCUGAGGGCAAAUCCCGGCGACUGGUCGUGAAGCAGCUUGAGAAGAAGGACACUGGAGAGUACAUCUGUGAGGCCGCAGGCCAGAAACUGACCUUUAAAAUUAUCAUCACAGAGGCAGAAGAGGUGUUUACAAACCAGGAGAAGGUGCAGAAGGAGGUGAAGGCCGCCCUGACAGAGAGCGCCACCCUGAGCUGUGAGGUGGCCCAGGCCAAGACUGAAGUGAAAUGGUACAAGGAUGGGAAACUGAUCACCUCCAGCAAGAAACUCAAAGUGGAGUCUGAGGGCAAAUCCCGGCGUCUGGCCGUGGAGCAGGUGGAGAAGAAAGACGCUGGAGAGUAUACCUGUGAGGCCGCAGGCCAGAAACUGACCUUCAAAGUUACCGUCACAGAACCCGAAGUUGUGUUUGCAAACAAGGAGAAGGUGCAGAAGGAGAUGAAGGCCGUCCUGACGGAGAGCGCCACCCUGAGCUGUGAGAUGGCGCAGGCCGAGACUGAAGUGAGGUGGCACAAGGACGGGAAACUGAUCACCUCCAGCAAGAAAUUUAAAGUGGAGUCAGAGGGCAAAUCACGACAGCUGGUCGUGGAGCAGGUGGAGAAGAAAGACGCUGGAGAGUACACCUGUGAGGCCGCAGGGCAGAAACUGACCUUCAAGGUUCACAUAAGAAAACCUAAAAAUGUUUUCUGUGAACCAGAAAUCGUAUUUGCAAACCAGGAGAAGGUGCAGAAGGAGGUGAAGGCUGUGCUGACAGAGAGCACCACCCUCUUCUGCGAAGUGGCCCAGGCCAAAACUGAAGUGAAAUGGUACAAGGAUGGGAAACUGAUCACCUCCAGCAAGAAAUUCAAAGUGGAGUCUGAGGGCAAAUCCCGGCGUCUGGUCGUGGAGCAGGUGGAGAAGAAGGAUGCUGGAGAGUACACCUGUGAAGCCGCAGGCCAGAAACUGACCUUCAAGUUUAAUGUCACAGAGCCAGAAUCUGCAUUUGUAAACCAGGAGAAGGUGCAGAAGGAGGUGAAGGCUGUGCUGACAGAGAGCGCCACCCUCUCCUGCGAAGUGGCCCAGGUCAAGACUGAAGUGAAAUGGCACAAGGACGGCAAACUGAUAACCUCCAGCAAGAAACUCAAAGUAGAGUCUGAGGGUAAAUCCCGGCGUCUGGUCCUGGAGCAGAUGGAGAAGGAGGAUGCUGGAGAGUACACCUGUGAGGCCGCAGGCCAGAAACUGACCUUCAAGAUUGAAGCAGUAGAACCGGAGGCAAAAUUCCAAAAGAAACUUGUCCAGAAAGAACCAAUCAUUGUUCAGGAACAUGAGAGCAUCAUACUGGCCACUUCGGUAACACCAGAAACGGCCGUAGUCAAGUGGUUCAAAGAUGGAACUGAGAUCAAGGGAAGCAAAAAGUAUGAGAUUAAGGCUGACGGGGCCUCCAGGACUCUGACCGUGAAGUUGGCUGAGGGCAAAGACAGCGCUGUGUACACCUGCGAGACAAAGAGCGACAAGCAGGAGUUCAAAGUGCAGGUGAAAGAAAUCCCUGUGAAGUUUGCAAAGAAAUUAGAAGUGGUCAGUGCCGAGAUCGGAGGGACCAUCUCUCUGACCUGUGAGCUGAGCCAGGUUAAGGGGGAUGUGCUGUGGUACAAGGACGGAGUUGAGGUCAAACCCAGCAAGCGCUUCCAGAUUCGUGAGGAUGGUGUCAAGCGGAUCCUGACCAUAAUGGGACUCCGGGCCGAAGACAAGGGAGAGUAUUCCUGUGAAUCACGGGAUGACAAAAGCCGCAUUCAGGUCACCCCCCGAGCUCCUAGAGUGGUGAAAUUCACUACAGGCCUUCACAACAUGGUGUCUGAAGAAGGAAAAGAGGCCACAUUCAAAUGCACCGUCUCCCCCAACGAUGCUGUGGUUACAUGGCACAGAAACGGUGUCAAAAUUGAAGCCAGUAAGAAACACGUGAUCUCUCAGAAGGACACCAAUCACAGCCUCACCAUCACUGACCUGACUCUGGAGGAUGCAGCAGAAAUCUCAGCCAAUGCAGAGGGUGUGGAAAGCAAAGCCACUCUCACAGUCCGAGAGGCGCCGGUGACGUUCAAGAAGAAACUGGAGCCCAAAACGGUUGAGGAGAGGGACACGGUGACCCUGGAGGUGGAGCUGAGCAAGCCUUCCGUGGAGGUGAAAUGGAUGAGGAACAGCAUCGUGCUGCAGUCCAGUGACAACAUCGAGAUCAAGGCCGAGGGGACGAAACACUGCUUGACAAUUAAGAACAUCACCUUUGCUGACCGGGGCUUCUACUGCUGUGAGACUCUCGAAGAGAAGACCCAGGCUAAGCUGAAUGUACAAAUGAGGCAGAUCAAACUGGUGAAAGGCCUGCAGCCGCUGGAGGCCCGUGAAAAGGGGACUGCCACCUUCGAGCUGGAGCUGUCUCAUGAGGACGUGGAAGGAAGCUGGAUGAAGGACGGCCUGAAACUGAAACCAGGGGAGAACUGCCACAUUAGCAUCCUGGGGAAGAAACAUUCACUGACACUUUCGUCCCUGAAGCUAGAAGACUCAGGCCUCAUCUCCUUCAAGACAGAAGGCAUCCAUUCUUCAGGGAGGCUUAUAGUAACAGAGUUGCCUGUGAAAAUAAGCAAGCCUUUGGUCGACAUCAAAGCUCCUGAGAAGUCUAAGGUGACAUUUGAGUGUGAGCUCUCCAGGCCUAAUGUGGAGGUCAAGUGGUUUAAGAAUGGAUCUGAGCUCCGGCCAAGUAAAAAUGUGGCAAUCAUUUCCCAGGAAAUUAAGAGAAGCCUCAUUAUUCACAAGUGUGACUAUGAUGACCAAGGAACCUAUGUAUGCGAUGCAGCUGACGACAAGAGUUCUGCUACCCUUAUAGUCCAUGUUCGAGAUAUCAAGAUUAUUAAACCACUGGAAGAUGUGGAAGUGAAUGAAAAGGAGAGUGCAUCUUUCACCUGUGAGAUCUCGCAUGAUGAAGUCCAAACGCAGUGGUACAAAAAUGACAACAAACUGAGGGCUGGAGACAACAUUAAGAUGCGUCAAGAAGGUAGGACCUAUGCAUUAGUUUACAGAAGUGUCCAUGUGGAAGAUGCUGCGGAGAUCAAAUUUGUAGCAGAAAAGGCAGAAUCUCGAGCGCAACUUAGAGUUAAAGAACUACCGGUAAAAUUUGUGAAGCCUCUGCGGGAUAAGAUUGCUAUUGAGAAGCACCGGGGUGUCCUGGAAUGCCAGGUGUCUCGCCCUACUGCCAAAGUUAAGUGGUAUAAGAAGAACGUUGAGAUUCUUCCCAGCCAGAAAUAUGAGCUGGUGAGUGACAGUGUCUAUAGGAAACUCAUCAUCAACGACGCCGAGUUUCAGGAUGAGGACGUUUACACAUGUGAUGCUACUGAUGACACAAGCAGUGCUCAUUUCUAUGUUGAAGAGCAAUCCAUUAAUAUUGUAAAGGAGUUAACUGAUGUGGAUGUGACAGAGCCUGCAGAAGCCAAGUUUGAAUGCGAGAUCUCCAUUCCAUCGGUGAAGCCCCCGAAAUGGUCUUUGGGUGGAGAGGUCUUACAGACUGGCAGAAACGUUACUAUAGAGCAAGAAGGCACCAUCCAUCGGCUGAUUCUAUGGAAGACCAAUUCUGACAUGACAGGCACCAUUCAGUUUGCAAUUGGCAAAUCAAAAUCCACAGCAAACCUGCUUGUGAGAGAUAUUAACGUGCAGAUUACCAGAAAGUUGGAGGAUAAGACUGUCUUAGAACGCCAUUCAGUCGUGCUGUCCUGUGAUUUUAGGCCUUCUCCAAAGGUCGUAGAGUGGUUCAAGGGCCACACCCUCAUUGAGCCCUCUGACAAAUACAAGCCCAAGUGGGAGAAGCAUACAGCGGAACUCAAAAUUCUGAAACUGACACCUGAAGAUUCCGGCACAUACAAGUGCCGAGCAGGAAAUGCAGAAACCAAAGCCACGCUGACAGUGGAAGCCCGGCAGGUGGCGAUAACCAAACACUUGCAGGAUGUGGAGACCGAGGAAGAGAGCUGCGCUGUCUUCUCCUGCGAGCUGUCCCAUGAUGACGAGGAUGUGGAAUGGCUACUGAAUGACACCGUCCUCUACACCAACAGCUGUAAUGAGAUCAAGAAGAUCGGCAAGUGCCACACUCUGACACUGAAGCAAGUCACGCCAGACGAUGCAGGAACGGUGACUGUCAAGACGGAGAAGGUGUCGGAAAGUGCUCAACUGAAGGUGAAAGAGAAGCCCAUCAUCUUCAUGAAGGCCUUGGAUGAUGUCGUUGGGGAGGAGCGUGGUGUGAUCACACUGGAGUGCGAGGUCUCCAAACCAAAGGUCAAACCCAUCUGGAAGAAGGACAAUGUGGAGCUCACCCCUGGUGACAAGUAUGAGCAGAUGCAAGCUGGGAAAACACUGUGUCUCAUUGUUCACCAUCUGAACAAGAAUGAUGCCGGUUUAUACACAUGUGAUAUUGGCACUGACCUUGCCAAAUCACGAGUCAGUAUUCAGGAGCUGAACAUUGGUAUCACUAAACGCCUGAAGAGCACCGAAGUUCAAGAAGGGGAGAAUUGUACUUUUGAGUGUAUUUUGUCCCAUGAAAGCAUUGGCGAUUUCCACUGGCUGCUGAAGGGGAAUGAAGUUCACAGUGGUGGACGAUUUAAAACCUUUAACAAAGGGCGGAAAUACACCCUCGACAUCCGAAAUGUGGUUGCUGCUGAUGCUGGGGAAGUAGUCUUCACGGUUCGCAACUUGAACUCCAAGGCCUCGCUGGUUGUGAAAGAAAAACCAGCAGACAUUAUAAAGCAGUUGGAGGAUAAGACAGCAGCAGCAGGACAAGACAUCAGCCUGAGCUGUGAAAUGUCCAAACCUGACACAAAUGUGAAGUGGUACAAGGAUGGCAAAGCGAUUCGGAAAAGCCAAAAAUAUGACUUGCGCCAAGAGGGAACAUGGGCCAUACUCGUCAUCCAUGAUGCCAUGACCAAGGACACUGGGGAAUACAUGUGUGAGGUGGAGACAUCAAAAACUAAAGCAUCAGUCACAGUAGAAGAAAAACCCAAUCGCUUUGUGAAGGAGCUUUCAGAUCUGAAAGCUGAUGAAAAAGGAGUCGCUGUUUUUAUGUGUCAGACCGAGAAAGCCGCACCCACAGUGACCUGGCGGAAAGGGAUGGUCGAGCUCAAGACAAGCAAGAAAUACGAGAUCAUCCAGAAAGGGAACAUCCUGCAGCUCACUAUUAACGCCUUAGAGAAAAGUGACAGUGACACCUACACCUGCGACGUUGGCGAGGCCCAGUCUAGCGCCAAACUCAUCGUGCAAGGCCAGAAAAUACUAAUAACCGAAGAUCUGGAAGAUGUUGAUGUGGUAGAAGGAGAAUCUGCCAUGUUCAAAUGCAGAAUCUCUCCAGUAGAAUAUAGCAAUGUGCAGUGGUUUUUGGAUAAAACCCCACUCCAUACCAAUGAACUUAAUGAUAUCCAGUCUCAGCCUGGAGGCUAUCACUUGCUAACCUUGAAAAAACUGUCACUGAAGGAUUCGGGGGUCAUUACCUUUGAAGCUGGUGAUAAGAAAACAUCUGCCAGUUUGGUUGUUAAAGAGAAGCCUUGCAUCAUUACAAAGGAGCUUGUUGAUGCCGAAAUCAUUGAGGGAGAGGAUGCCUUUCUUCACUGUGAAACUUCCAAAACAGACAGCCCGGUAAAGUGGUGCAAAGAUGGGAAGACCCUUAGAAACUCCUCUAAGUAUAAGAUCAGCCGGUCGGGAUUUGAAGCCACGCUUGUCAUUCAUGGGACAGACGAUAGAGACAGUGGCCAAUAUGAGUGUGAGGCUGGAACAGCUAAAAGUAGUGCAGUUGUCACUGUCAAGGCCCUGCCUGCACUCGUCAAAGAAGAACUGAAGAACUUGGAAGCCACAGAAGGUGGAACAGCCACUCUGCACUGUGAGCUGAGCAAAGCCGCUCCAGUGGAGUGGAAGAAGGGACCCAAGGGGCUCAGGCCAAGUGGCAAAUACAGAAUGAGACAAGAAGGCACCAUUGCUGAGCUGGUCAUCCACGAUGUAGAUCUGAAGGAUGCUGGAGAUUACACAUGUGUAUUUGGAGAUCAAAAAACCACAGCAGCCUUAACAGUGAAUGCCUUGCCUGCACUUUUCCAAGAAAAACUGAAUAACAAGGAAGUUUCAGAGGGUGGGACAGUCACUCUGCACUGUAAAUUGAGCAAGCCUGCCCCAGUGGAGUGGAAGAAGGGACAAAAGGCUCUCAGACCAAGUGAAAAAUUCAAAAUAAACCAAGAGGGUCCCUUUGCUGAACUGUUGAUCCAUGAUCUGGAUUUGACGGAUGCUGGAGAUUACACUUGUGUGUGUGGAGAACAGCAGACUACAGCUACCUUGACAGUGAAUGUUCUGCCUACACUUUUCACCAAAGAACUGAAGAAUCAAGAAGCUACAGAAGGCGAAAGUGCCAUUCUGCGCUGCGAGCUAAACAAGGUUGCUCCUACCGUGGAGUGGAAGAAGGGACACAAGACCCUCAAACUGAGUGACAAGUAUAAAAUGAGACGGGAAGGUGGUGUUGUUGAAUUGAUAAUCCAAGACCUAGAAGUGACAGAUGCUGGAAAUUAUACCUGUAUGUGUGGAGACCAACAGACCAUGGCGUCUGUAACUGUAAAUGUCCUGCCUGCAUUUUUCAAAGAGGGAUUGAAGAAUAAGGAAGCCUCAGAAGGUGCAACAGCCACUCUGCACUGUGUGCUGAGCAAAGCCCCUGUCCUAGUGGAGUGGAAGAAGGGGCAAAAACCACUCAAACCCAGUGAAAAGUACAGAAUGCGACAGGAAGGUGCCAUUGCAGAGCUGUUGAUCCGUGACCUUGAUGUAGAAGAUACAGAUGAUUAUACCUGUGUGUGUGGAGACCAGAAGACCUCUGCUGUCUUGACAGUCCAUGUCCUUCCUCCACGUUUUAAAAAAGAAUUGAAGAAUUUGGAAGCCAGAGAAGGUGAAGCAGCCAUUCUGCACUGUGAGCUGACCAAGGUCGCUGCCCCAGUGGAAUGGAAGAAGGGACCCAAAGUGCUCAAACCAAGCGACAAGUUUAGAAUGAGACAGGAAGGCACCAUUGCUGAGUUAGUGAUCCAUGAUUUAGAUCUGACAGAUGCUGGAGAUUAUACAUGCAUGUAUGGAGACCAAAAAACCACAGCUGCCUUAACAGUGAAUGCUCUGCCUGCACGUUUCAAGGAAGAAAUGACAAAUGAGGAAGCCACGGAAGGUGGGAGAGCCACUCUGCGCUGUCAGCUGACCAAGGUUGCUUCGGUGGAGUGGAAAAAGAAGCAUAAGGCGCUUGUACCAAGUGACAAAUAUACAAUGAGGCAGGAAGGUGCCCUUGCAGAACUAGUCAUCCAUGAUUUAGAAGUCAAGGACUCUGGCGAUUAUACCUGUGUAUGUGGAGACCAGAAGACAACUGCAGCUUUGAUAGUGCACGCCCUACCGGUACUUUUCCAAGAAGAAUUAAGAAAUGAAGAAGCCACAGAAGGUGGUGCAGCCACUCUGCGCUGUGAGCUGAACAAGGCUGCCCCAGUGGAGUGGAAGAAGGGACACAAGGUGCUCAAGCCAAGUGACAAAUACAAAAUGAGGCAGAAGGAUACCACUGCAGAGCUGGAAAUCCACAAUCUAGAUGACAGUGAUGCUGGUGAUUAUACCUGUGUGUGUGGAGAUCAGCAGAGCACAGCUGUCUUAGCAGUACAUGCUCUGCCGGCACUCAUCAAAGAAGAACUGAAGAACGAGGAAGUUAGAGAAGGUGGAACGGCCACUCUGCGCUGCACACUGACCAAAGCCACUCAAAUAGAGUGGAUGAAAGGGGACAGUUCGCUCAAAGCGAGUGACAAAUACAAAAUGAGACAGGAGGGCGCUGUUGUUAAACUGGUUAUCCAUGAUGUAGAACUGAAGGAUGCUGGAGAUUAUACCUGUGUAUGUGGAGACCAGAAGACAACUGCUGGCUUGAUAGUGCAUGCUCUGCCUGCACUUUUCAAAGAAGAACUGAAGAACUUGGAAGUCACAGAAGGCAAAACCGCCACUCUGCACUGUGAGCUGAACAAGCCUGCUUCAGUGGAGUGGAAGAAAGGGCACAAGAUAGUCAAGGCGAGUGAAAAAUACAGCAUGAGGCAGGAUAGUGUCACUGCUGAGCUGGAGAUCCAUGAUCUAGGUCUUCAGGAUGCAGGAGAUUACACAUGCAUGUGUGGCGACCAGCAGACCACAGCUACGUUGAUAGUAAAUGCUCUGCCCGCACAUUUCAAAGAAGAAUUGAGGAACAAGGAAGUGACAGAAGGUGAAGCUGCCACUCUGCGCUGUGAACUGACCAAAGCUGCUCAGGUGGAGUGGAAGAAAGGGCACAAGGUGCUCAAAGCAAGUGAGAAAUACAAAAUGAGACAAGAAGGUGCCAUGGCAGAGCUGGUGAUCCACAAUCUGGAGGUGAAGGAUACUGAUGAUUAUACCUGUGUGUGUGGAGACCAGCAGACCACAGCUACCUUAACAGUAAAUGCUCUGCCUCCAUCUUUCAAAGAAGAAAUGUGCAAUGAGGAAGCCACAGAAGGUGGAACAGCCACUCUGCACUGUGAGCUGACCAAGGUUGCUGCCCCAGUGGAGUGGAAGAAGGGGCACAAAGUGCUCAAACCAAAUGACAAGUACACAAUGAGACAGGAAGGUUGCAUUGUGGAGCUGGUGGUCCAUGGUUUAGACCUGAAGGAUGCUGGAGAUUACACCUGUGUGUGUGGAGACCAGAAGACCACAGCUGCCUUAACAGUGCAUGCCCUGCCUCCACUGUUCAAAGAAGAAUUGAAGAGCCUGGAAGCUACAGAAAAUGGAGCAGCGACUCUGCGCUGUGAGCUGACCAAGGCUGCUCAGGUGGAGUGGAAGAAAGGGCACAAACUGCUCAAAGUCAGUGAGAAAUACAAAAUGAGACUAGAAGGUGCCAUGGCAGAGCUGGCUAUCUGCAGUCUGGAGGUGAAGGACAGUGGAGAUUAUACCUGUGUGUGUGGAGACCAGCAGACCACAGCUACCUUAACAGUAAAUGCCUUGCCAGCACUUUUUAAAGAAGAACUAAAGAAUGAGGAAGCUAAAGAAGGUGGAAAUGCCACUCUCCACUGUGAGCUGACCAAGGCUGCUCCAGUGGAGUGGAAGAAAGGGCAUGAGGUACUCAAACCAAGUGAGAAAUACAAAAUGAGACUGGAAGGUGCCAUUGCAGAGCUGGUUGUCCGUGAUCUAGAUGAGAAGGAUACAGGAGAUUAUACUUGUGUGUGUGGAGAACAACAGACCACGGCUGCUUUAACAGUACAUGCUCUGCCUCCAUCUUUCAAAGAAGAAAUGUGCAAUGAGGAAGCCACAGAAGGUGGAACAGCCACUCUGCACUGUGAGCUGACCAAGGUCGCUGCCCCAGUGGAGUGGAAGAAGGGGCACAAAGUGCUCAAACCGAAUGACAAGUACACAAUGAGACAGAAAGGUUGCAUUGUGGAGCUGGUGGUCCAUGGUUUAGACCUGAAGGAUGCUGGAGAUUACACCUGUGUGUGUGGAGACCAGAAGACCACAGCUGCCUUAACAGUGCAUGCCCUGCCCAUUGUAUUUAAGCAGCCCCUUCAGAAUCAAGAGGCUGAAGAAGGAGGUACAGCCACAUUACAUUGUGAGCUGUCAAAACCAAAUGUUCCAGUGGAAUGGAGGAGAGGAGGCCUGGGGCUGCAGCCUAGCAAUAAGUAUGAAAUGAAACAGAGGAAAUGCAUUGUAGAGCUCUUAGUACAUAAUCUCCAAGUAGAAGAUACAGGAGAAUACAGCUGUGGUAUUGGGGAACAGGAAACAAAGGCUUCUUUAUAUGUGAAAGCCCUCCCAGUUCUUUUCAAAAGGGAGCUCAAGGACAAGGAAGUGGAAGAAGGAACUCCAGUAAAACUCCAGUGUGAGCUGACAAAGCCCACGGCUUCUGUGCAAUGGAGGAAAGGCACCAUGGACCUCUUUCCAUGUGCCAAAUACGAAAUGAAAUUAGAGGGUCUCGUAGCUGAACUCGUGAUCCAUAACACGGAACCAGAAGACACAUCUGAUUACACCUGUGACACUGGAGAUCAACAGAGCACAGCCAACCUCAGAGUGAAUGCUAUUAAACCUCUGUUCAAGCAACAGCUAAAGAAUGAGGAAAUGGAAGAGGGAGGAAUGGUCAAGCUACGCUGUGAGGUCACCGUAACUAACGCUAUAGUAGAGUGGAGGAAAGAUGGCAGGGUGCUUCAGUCAAGUUCCAAGUAUGGAAUCAGACAAGAUGGUACCAUUCAUGAGUUAUAUAUUCAACACCUGGAGCCUAAAGACACCGGCAAGUAUUCCUGCAUUGCUGGGGAUGAGACGACCUCUGCAGUGCUGACUGUGAAAGAGCCUGAUGUGACCAUAGUCAGUGGCCUGAAGAACGUGGUGGUGUAUGAAGAGGAAGAUGCUAUGUUUCAGUGCCAGGUUUCUCAUGGCAACGCAGGGGAUGUGGAGUGGAAGCUACAGGACGUCGCUCUGCAGAGCAAUGAAAUGAAUGAGAUCUCUGUUGAAAAAGGCAAGAUUCACACACUUAGACUGAGGAAAGUCACCCAGCAGGAUACUGGCACCAUCACUUUCAGAGUGGGGCCCUAUCUGUCCACAGCAGAGCUCACAGUAAAAGAACCAGCAGCAAGCAUAGUGGAGGUGCUAAAGGAUGUCACCUUAAAUGAAGGAGAAGAUGCAGUGUUCAAGUGCAAGGUGUCUCGGGAGAAAGCUCGGGACGUGCACUGGUGCCUGGGUGGCGUACCGCUCCAGCCCAAUGAAAUGAACGAGAUAACUGUUCGAGGGAAGCUUCACACUUUGACCCUGAGGAGGGUGACCCUAGAAGACUCUGGUUCUGUCAGUAUCAGAGUGGGGCAACAUACCUCCGAGGCACAGUUAACAGUCCAAGCCAAGAACAGUAUUGUCAAGGGUUUGGAGAAUGUGGAAGCCAUGGAAGGUGGUGAAGCUCUGUUUGAGUGCUACCUUUCCAAACCAGAGUGCUACAAUUACAACUGGCUGAUUGAUGAUGAGCCUGCCAAAACCACAGAAAACACUGAGAUGGUUUACUUUGAAAAUGGACGCAGGCAUCUUCUCCUGUUGAAGAACCUCACUCCCCAAGACAACUGCAGGGUGACUUUCCUGACUAGUGAUGCUGUGACAUCUGCAUUCCUGACUGUGAAAGGAUGGCGCCUGGAAAUUUUGCAGCCUUUGGUUGACACUGAAGUCACUGCUGGGGACCCAGCUACCCUUAGGUGUGUUUUAAGUGAAGCAGUGCCAGUCAGUGAAGUCGCCUGGUAUAUUAAUGACAUGGAUAUCCAACCAGACGAGAACUGGGAAAUACAGGCAGAUGGAGACAGCUACAAACUGAUCCUGAAGAAAGCCCAACCACAUCAUGCUGGAGAGGUGACUUUUGCUGCAAGGGAUGCAAUUACAUCAGCCACGUUAUCGGUAAUAGCCCUCCCUGAUGCCCCUGAAGAUCCAGAGAUUUUAAGUAAGAGUAGUCGCUCGGUAACUCUGUCCUGGUUCACACCGCUGAGUGAUGGUGGCUGUGGCAUCUUAGGCUACAAUGUUGAGAGGAAAACACCUGGUGGUGGCUGGCAGCAAUGCAACAAGGAACUUAUUCAAAACACAGAGUUUGUUGUGGACAAUCUCUCACCAGGCGAACCCUACAGAUUCCGCAUUUCAACUGUAAACAAAGUUGGUGCUGGUGAACCAGUGCAUUUACCUCAAACUGUGCAGCUAGAGCCUCCAUUUACAGUCACUCGUCCCUUAGUAGGCAAGUCGGUCUUGGAAGGGGAGGUGGCUGUCCUGGAGUGUGAAUUUUCAAGAGAGACCCAAGAGGCAAUCUGGGUCAAAGGAAAAGAACAGCUACAGCAUGGAGGAAGAUACGAAAUCAAGUCUGAUGGCAAGAAGCAGAUGCUCAUUAUUCGUGCAUUUAAAUCUGAAGACCAAGGAUUGUACACCUGCAUGAUCUCUCCCGAUACCAGAUCCUCUGCCCAUCUGUCUCUUGAAGUUCCCACAGUGGCACUGCCAAAAGAGGUAGCCCAGGAAGCACAUGACGUGAUUCAACUUGAAGAGAUGGUGGAUGGACAGCUCCAGCCCAGCUUGCCGCCCGAAGCUGCUCAGGAGGGGGACCUUCACCUCCUCUGGGAGGCUAUUGCCAAGAAGCGAAGAAUGAGCAGGGAGCCAACCCUGGAUUCCAUCAGUGAAGUGCCAGAAGAGGAUGAUAAACUUCAUAAGCUGAAGAAGGAAGAAGUGGAGUCUCAUUAUUACUCAGAAGAAUACUCCACCUGUGAUGAGCUGGCUAAAAGUGGAGAAGCAGACUUCUCUUUCACGAGCUCAGAUGAUGAGUCUAGGGCUGGGACACCUUCACUAGUUAACUACCUUAAAAAGGCUGGAAAAUCUACUGUUAGCAUUGGUAGCAAGGUUCAGACGGUCUCCACCAGUAAAUUCUGGAAACACUGGGAGCAAUCGGGCGUCGAGACUACUGAGUCUGCUCUUCCUGCCAAGCCCGCUGAACCAGAAGUCAUGGAAGAUUUAGAUGAUCCUUCCAUGACCAAAGCAGCUGUGAAAAUUCAGGCUGCUUUCAAAGGGUAUAAAGUGAGGAAGGAGAUCAAACAGCAGGAAUGUCCCGUGUUUGGCGAUACCUUCAAAGAUUUUUGUGGUGAGCCAGGAGGCACUCUCCACCUUGAGUGUGUGGUUCUCAGCAAAACCGAUAUGAAGGUCCGUUGGCUGAAAGACGGUGAGGAACUUUCAGAUGGGCGCCACUAUCACAUAGACAAUUACAGUGAUGGAACUUGCUCCUUGAUUAUCACUGGCCUGGACAUGAAAGACACAGGAAAAUAUACCUGUGAGGCAUCUAAUAAGUUUGGCAAGGUUUCCCAGAGUGCUAAGGUGGUGGUUGGUACCCAGGUACCGGAUGCUCUUCGUAAGCACAAGCAAGUGAAACGCCUCACUGACAGCGAAACGGAGAGCUCUUCUGGCAGCGAACUGGAUGAUGCAUUCCGUAAAGCAGGAAGGAGGCUUCACAAACUCUUCAAGUCCAAGAUCUCAACAGAAAUGUCUGAUGUGGAGGAGGAGCUCUUUGUCAGUGCAGAUGAAGGGGAUGUGGAGGUGGUAGAUCAGCAGACGUAUCGCGAGGAUGAUCAGUACAUCUACAUCAAGUUUGAAAUCUUGGCAGAAGCAAAAACAGCAGCUGGCCGGUUCAGAGAGAUGUUUGCUGCGCUGGGUAUCCCAGUCGAGAUUGACAUCCUGGACCAAGGCCUUAAAAAAAUAGAGCUUCGCAUAGGGAAAGCAGCACCACCUGCUCCAGGGCAGAUUCAGCCCUUAGUGAAAAGACCUCCACCACCUUUACUGACUUCCGAUACAGCUCCCAUGUUCAUAACCGAGCUUCAAAACCAAGAGGUGCAGGAUGGCUACCCAGUCAGCUUUGACUGUGUUGUUAUUGGCAAACCCUUACCUACGGUGCGCUGGUUCAAGGAUGGGAAGGUUAUCGAAGAAGAUGACCAUUAUAUGAUCAACGAGGACCAGGAAGGGUGCCACCAACUGAUCAUCACCGCCGUGGUCCCUACUGACAUGGGUGUCUACCGCUGCCUUGCUGAAAACAACAUGGGAGUUUCUUCAAGCAAGGCGGAGCUGCGGGUGGACUUGACCAGUACUGAUUACGAUACAGCAGCAGACGCAACAGAGACAUCUUCAUAUUACAGUGCCAAAGGAUAUCUCUCAAGCCGAGAACAAGAGGGAGUAGAAUCCACCACAGAAGAGGAGCAGCUGCCUCAGAUCCUAGAUGAGCUUCAUGAUAUUCACAUGGCCCCUGGAGCACCUUUGGCUAGAUUUCACCUGACGGUCAAAGGGUACCCAGAACCUCGUCUUUACUGGUUCAAAGAUGGGCAACCAUUACAGGCCUCAGACCGAAUCCUGAAGAUUGAGAAUAAGCAAUUUCAUGCACUCGAAAUCCUCAAUGUCAUUAAGGAGGAUGCUGGUCAAUACUCAGUAUUUAUUAGCAACUCUGCAGGUUCUGCAUAUUCAUCGGCCAGUUUGGUUGUCAAAGGUCCUGGUGAGAAGGAAGAACUGCCAGAAACAGAUGCUCAAGAACAGCUGGUGCCACCCAGGUUCCUAGAAAGAUUUACCAAUAAAAGAGUGAGGAAAGGUGCAAGUAUCACCUUCUCUGUGAAGGUUGAAGGACAUCCAGCACCCACAAUUACCUGGUUGAAAGAAGAAUCUCAUGAAGAUGUUCUGUGGAUCAAACCAGAGACUCCUGGCUACAAACUAGCCAGUUCCAACAUGCAUCACAGUCUAAUCCUGCUGGAUGUUGGAAAGGAAUAUAGUGGAACCUACACUUGCAUUGCUACUAACAAGGCUGGACAAUCCAUCUGCACUGCUUCUCUAGAAGUUCUGGAUGUGAAAGAGGCGGAAGUUCUGACCCACGAGCGCAUGAUGGUGACAGAUGUUAUAAUGACCACGCUGGGGUAUGAAGACAAGGACAGAAAAGGACAUGGAGUUGGUAUCUCUAUCCACCCUCCUGAACCAAGGAAAGGAGAGCUUGUAGAAGGUCAGGCUGAUAAAGAAGGUGUGUCCAGAAGUCACAUUUCAUUAGCUGAUGUGGGAACAGAAGAAUUCCUCCAGAAACUCACCUCCCAUAUCACAGAAAUGGUGUCUGCAAAAAUAAGUCAGGCCACACUUCGAGUGCCUGGAGCAGACAGUGAUGACGAAUCUAAGACGCCAUCCCCAUCUCCACGCCAUGGCAGAUCUCGACCUUCGUCAAUUGUUCAGGAGUCUUCCUCUGAAUCUGAGGAUGGGGAUUCUAGAGGGGAGAUUUUUGACAUCUACAUGGUCACGGCUGACUAUGUGCCCGUGGGAGCUGACAGGGAAGUCAUCACUCUGAAAGAAGGGCAGUAUGUGGAAGUCCUUGACUCUGCUCAUCCUCUAAAGUGGCUAGUCAGGACCAAACCCACUAAAUCCAGCCCCUCUCGGCAGGGAUGGGUGUCUCCGGCUUAUCUGGACAAGAAAUUAAAGUUGUCACCAGAAUGGGGCCCAUCGGAAGCUCCCGAGUUCCCUGGAGACUCUGUUUCAGAAGACGAAUAUAAAAAGAAGCUGAGCCUCAUCAUUCAGGAACUGCUGAACUCUGAGGAGGAGUUUGUCAAAGAUCUGCAGUUCCUCCAGACCCAUCACCUCCAGUACGUAGAGAGCUGCCCGGAUGUUCCAGAAACUGUUGCCAGUCAGAAAUCUACUAUCUUCAGAAAUGUCAGUGCUAUUGCGAGCUUCCAUUCCAAUUCCUUUUUUCCAGAGCUGCAGAAAUGUGACACUGAUGACGACGUGGCUAUGUGCUUCAUUAAGAAUGAGGAGGACUUUGAUAAGUACAUCCAGUACCUGGUGGGGCGGAUACAGGCCGAGUCUGUCAUUCUCAGCAAAGCCAUUCAGGAGUUCUACAAGAGGUAUACAGAAGAAACAUUAGCCAGUGAGGAUCCUUCUCAGCCACCUAUACCUCCACUGCAGCACUAUUUAGAGAGACCCAUAAACAGGAUCCAGCAGUAUCAAAUUAUAAUCAAGGAAUUAAUCCGAAAUAAAGCAAGAAACAGCCAAAACUGUGCGCUGCUGGAGCAAGCUUAUGCCAUUGUGUCCGCGCUCACCCAGCGUGCAGAAAACAACCUCCAUAUCUCGCUCAUUGAGAACUAUCCAGGGACCCUGGAAAUUCUAGGAGAACCCAUCCGACAGGGUCACUUCAUAGUGUGGGAAGGAGCUCCGGGAGCCAGAAUUGCAUGGAAAGGUCACAACCGACAUGUCUUCCUCUUUAAGAAUUAUAUCCUGAUCUGCAAACCCAAGCGAGACACCAAGACAGACACCUACAGCUACAUCUUCAAGAACAUGAUGAAGCUAUCCCACAUAGAUGUGAAUGACCUGGUGGAAGGAGAUGACCGGGCAUUUGAGAUCUGGCAUGAGCGAGAAGACUCUGUCCGCAAGUACCUACUUCAAGCUCGUACGGUCAUCAUCAAGAACUCCUGGGUGAAGGAAAUCUGUGGUAUACAGCAACGUAUCAGCCUGCCUGUGUGGAUUCCUCCGUAUUUUGAGGAAGAACUGGCUGACUGUACAGCUGAGCUGGGCGAAACUGUCAAAUUGGCUUGCAAAGUAACAGGCGCUCCUACGCCAGUAGUCGCUUGGUAUAAAGAUGGCAAACCAGUGGAGAUGGAUCCCCAUCACAUUAUAAUAGAAGAUCCUGAUGGUUCCUGCACAUUGAUCCUGGACACUCUGACGGGUAUUGACUCAGGACAGUACAUGUGCUUUGCCACCAGUCCGGCUGGUAAUGCCAGUACACUCGGAAAGAUCCUUGUUCAAGUGCCGCCGAGGUUUGUGAACAAGGUUAGAAAUGCUUAUUACGUUGAAGACGAAGAUGCUCAGUUUACCUGCAUCAUUGAAGGAGCACCUUCUCCUCAGAUCAGGUGGUAUAAAGAUGGUGCCCUGCUGACAGACGUCAAUAAAUACCAGACUUUCAGUGAGCCCCGGAGCGGCGUGGUCGUCUUGGUGAUAAAAAAUGCUUCUAAGGAGGACAUAGGACACUAUGAGUGUGAACUGAUGAACAGAUUAGGCACAGCCAGGAGUGGAGCGGAUCUUUGCCAGCAGAGUGCAGCAUUACUGGCCCAGGAGAAGAGAGGAGACCAAGCCAUUACUAUAGAAGUCACUGAACAAGAGACUAAAGUGCCCAAGAAAACCAUCAUCAUAGAGGAAACGAUAACAACUGUGGUGAAGACCCCAAGGCAAAAGCGAAAGACGUCUCCCGCCCGUCCUCCUUCAGGUUACUCUCUCUCCCGCUCUCCAAGAUCAGAGCUGCUGACCCCCGAGCCAGUUUAUGUGACAAAGGUCAGGCAACCUAUACACAGGCAUGAGCCGGAGGCCACGCGGAAGACUGUCAUCCCUACGCUCUUUGUGACAGAGCCAGAGGACAGACAAGGAGCGGCAGCUAGAGCUGUUGUCGUAGAAACCAAGGUGGAAGAACAAAAACCCAAAUGGGUCGAAGUGGAGGAAAUAAUUGAAUUCAAGGUGAAAAAAUCACCCAAGCCUGCGAAGAAAAGAGGAGCUUCCCCAGCAAAGCCAGAAAAAGAUGAUUCGGGAGUACUGACAUUCACUAUGCCUGGCCCAAGACCUAGGCGUUCCUCUGAAGAUGACCCAAACACAAACAACUCCAACAAUAAAUUAGUGGAGCAAGCCAAGUCUUCCCUGCCUAGAGACAGUCUUUCAGAUGUCGACAUCCCGACCCUUGCAUAUGGAGCUGACCAGGAAGGAGCUCCAGUCAACAGUGAAGAAGACAGAAGUUCUCAGUGUGGGUCUGAACAGUUAGGAAGUAGUUCAUUCAUUGACUAUGGGACUGACGGAAAGAGCUGCAUGCAGGAAGCAAGCAAUGAUAAUGUUUCAGAAGAUACUUCCCCACUGCUUGCCUGUGUGGGUGAACCCUUUGUCUUUAGCUUGGAGACAGCUGAUACAGCUGAGCCUGACCUUCCACCUUCACCGGUGAGCCGAGGGGGUAAGGAAGAAGCUGAUGAGUUAGAUAAGUCUUGGACUGCUGAAGGGGGUGUACCUGACACAGUACAAGAUGAGGAUCUUCCAGAGGAAGAUAGUGUUAUAAUUGGUGAGCCAGAGGAGCUAGAGACGGAUGACAUUGGCAACCGAGAUCCCAAAAUCCUGACCCACCAUGGAAAAGUGCUAACUCUGGAAGACCUUGAAGAUUACUUUCCUGAGGAAGGUGAGACCUAUGGAUGUGAUGAUCAGAACUAUACAGAAGACAAACCCUGUGAGAUCUCUGUGCUCCAGACAGAAAUUAAUGAACCGACGGUGGGGAAGCCUGUGUUGCUAAAUCUCGGGAGACCUGUUGUUCCUAAACCAAGCCAAAGCUUUUUCAGCAAGUUCAAGGAGCACCGUCCUGAAGGAAUGUUCAUGACCACAUCCAGAGUAACAGGAGUGCAGUCCGUGGGUCCAUCUAACAUUUCUUUCCAUGUGAGUGAGACAUGCACUGCAGCAGUCACCCCUGGUGUGCAGGCAGCAGCGGCAGCAGCCUCACCUGGACCUUCCUUCAAACUGAAACCGUCUUUCUGUACCGGAGUCCAGCUGUCAGCGGACAACGGACAGUCCAGCUUUAAAACUGAAGUUUCCACAAGAACCCUCAGCUAUGGAACUGUCGGCGAGCCUAGAGAAAAGCUAUUCUUCUUGUCUGUAGGAGAGGUCUCACCACAGUCAGAGCUGGAGAAUUCUGUCCGGGCCUCACUUGAACGUGCAGAUAAGGAGAUAAGGAUGGCCCUGAAGAAACUCGUGGAUUCCACAUCACUGCAUGUGACUCUUCCUCCAAGCAUGAGAGGAAAGGCUGGUGGCUUUGGCGUUCUUGAGUCCACAGCUUCAGAUACAGAAAAUAGACAUCCUGUGAUAGUUCAUGAAGUCAGCACGCAAACCCAAAGUGCUGGAGGUCAUGGCAAAGAGCAAGACAGCACUGGGAAAAUUCAGGAUGAGAAACUGAGUGAAACAAAGUCAAGCCCAACCACUUCGCAAAAAGAGACGACUGCUGGCGCUGCAGGAGGUCAGGAACGCACUAUUCCCAUUACCAGAACAUCAGCAGUCACGGAGGGAGCAGACUGGUGUAGAAGAGAAGGGGCAGACGUGGUCUGGGAUGUCCAGAGUCAAAUUUAUAUUGAGACCACAGAAAGAACCUGCGUUUAUAAAACAGAGGAGAAGAGCGCAGCAAGCCCGCCAUUUAUGCAAGUGACCAUUGAGGAUGUGCAGGUUCAGUCUGGGGAGCUUGCCAAAUUUCAUGCGGUUAUUGAAGGAAAUCCCCAGCCUACUAUUGCAUGGUAUAAGGAUAAUUCCUUGUUGGCCGACAGCAACAGGAUCCAUCAAGUGAAAGAAGGCACAACAUACUGUUUGAUCCUGGACAAAGCUGCCCCAGAAGAUGGUGGCAUCUAUACCUGCAUUGCCAAAAAUGCAGGAGGGGAGGUCUUGUGCAAAGCAGAGCUCGUUGUACAUGAGGACAAGAAAGACCAAGUGACCAAGAAACAGAGCACCCGAAGAAAACUCCAUUCCUUCUAUGAGGUGAAGCAGGAGAUAGGAAGGGGCUCUUUCAGCUUUGUGAAACGGGUUGUGCACAAAGGGAACAGAGUCUCCUGUGCUGCCAAGUUCAUACCUCUGCGAAGCAAAACGAGAACCCAGUCCUACCAAGAGAGGGACAUCCUAGCCACGCUCUCCCAUGAUAAAAUCGCCCAGCUGCUGGAUGAAUUUGAAACAAGGAAAACCUUGGUUCUGAUUUUGGAGUUGUGCUCCAAUGAGGAGCUCUUGGACCGUUUAUUCAGGAAGAGUGUUGUUACUGAAGCAGAGGUCAAAUUAUACAUCAAGCAACUUUUGGAAGGACUCAGCUAUCUCCAUAACCAUAAUGUACUUCACUUGGAUAUUAAGCCUCCAAAUAUCCUGAUGGUUUAUCCUGAAAGAGAAGACAUUAAGAUCUGUGACUUCGGGUUCGCUCAAAAGAUAAAUCCAUCUGAGCCUCAGUACAGCAAAUACGGGUCUCCAGAGUUUGUCUCCCCAGAAAUUAUCUCUCAGUCACCGGUGUCAAAAGCAUCUGAUAUUUGGGCUGCUGGAGUCAUCAGCUAUUUAAGCUUAACCUGCAAGUCUCCAUUUGCUGGGGAAAAUGACAGAGCAACCCUUCUAAAUAUCCAGAAUGGGACAGUUUCAUGGACUAUCCCUGACUUUGUUCACCUAAGUGAAGAAGCGAAGGAUUUUAUCAGACAGCUCUUACAGCUCUCUCCUGAAGCCAGGCCUAGUGCUUUGGAAUGUCUCUCACACAACUGGUUCUUGUGUAAUCUCCCGCUAGAAGAAGCUCAUUUUAUUAACACAAAACAGCUGAAGUUCAUUGUGGCUCGAAGCAAGUGGCAGCGUUCCCUCAUGUGCUAUAAAUCUAUACUGGUAAUGAGAUCCAUUCCAGAAAUCCUACAGAGAACUCACAAAAACACAUCGCUGGGCAUCUCCCGACACCUGGUUGAAGAAAGUAGUUCUUCCACUACUACUGGGUCCUCUUCAGACAAUGAGAAUGCAUCCUUCCCCAGGAGAAGGCACUUUGGCUCCACACCAGAACUGCACUUGUCUGUGUUUGAUGCACCGAGUUAUCAAGAACCUCCAAGUUAUGCAUCAGAAGAGAAACAUUCCAAGGUCUUGGUGCCUCCAGUAAAACCCACGAGACGGAAAUAUGCUUUAGUGAAAAGUGAGCUGGGUGAUAAGUCACCUACAGAAAGCAAAGUACUAAUGGCAGGUGUCUUUGCUCAGAAAGCAGAGGCGGUCAGCUCAGAAUUCAAAGAUGAAAGAGCAGAUCAGUCCCAAGAGCGUGAUGCAGGGCAGCCUUCAUUGGCGAAGGCAGCCACCUUAGAUACAUCGGACUUGGCACUGCCAAAAGAAAAAACAGGCACAUUAUUACCUAACAAAGACAGAAUUGUAAAGGCUGGAGAUGUAAUGGAGAAACCACCUUUGUGUGUCCCCAGACAGAGUGUCAUUAAAAGCACAUUCUACAGCCAAGCGUCCGAGGCUCCUACACGUCUACCUGUCUCACCGGGCAGAGACUACAGAAGGCACCUUGACAGAAAAAGAAGGGCCUUCAGGAAAUCAGGAUAUUUAAAGAUACCCUUGAGUGGUCUACGGGAACCCCUUCUAGAACAGUUUGAAUUGAAAGAAGAGGAGGAGGAGGAGGAAGAAGAAGGAAUGUCUGGUGAUGAAGAAUAUGGAAAAAGCAGAGAAGGUGUGACAGGCCCUCUGACCAAAUCGGCUUCCUUUGAUACUGCUAGGAAACCAUCACGUCACACCUUCCAGGUGUCCAGCAGAAGCCGUUCACUGGAUGAUUACAGACUAAGAGCCAUAAGUUUAGCCAAGGAGCAAGACAUUCUGGAAGAAGACUGUGAUCUAACUUCACAGGGGAGUUACGCAGGACUAGUUCACCAGCAUGGCAUAUCUACUGACUCUGGCAAGGUUUGGCCUGAGGAGCAUUCGGUGGAGGAGGACUCAAGGAAAGAUUGUUCAGAAGAACAGCCAGUCCCUUCUGCACAGUGUGGUGAUGAAGGAUGCCAGGGUCUAGCUGCUCAACCACAGAAGAUCCCAGUGUCAGCCCAUCAGGAUGAAAGUGAGGGGCAUUUACAUCAAAAGACAAAACUUUCCAUUGACAUUGAUGUGGAGCCGUCUGGUCUGGAAGGUGAAAGCCUGAUUCUAACUGCUCAGCACCCGGACACAGCCCCAGUGUCGGCUCACACACGUGAAAGUGAGGAGCAUUUAAAGCUGACGCCGAAGCCUAGUGGUGCAGAGUUUACACUUCUGCAGGGUGAAAGCUCCGUUUUGAUUGUUCCUGAAUCAGAGAGAGCCCCAAUAUCAGCCCAGGAGAGUGAAAGAAGAGAACAUGCACAUCAGCAGCCAAAGCCUUCUGUUCACAGUGCUACAGAGUCUGCUGAUCUACAGGGCGAAAGCCCAGUUAUCCUAGAGACUGCGCAAAUUCCAGCUUGUAAGAAUGAAAGCCCAAGUAUUUUAACAGCUCCACAACCAGAAACUGCUCCACUUUCAGUCUGCCAGGGUGAAACCCAGGGAUGCUUACAUCAGAAGCUUUCUGAUUACUUGGGCACAGCCUCCACUGGUCUGGAGGGCAAACAUCCAAUGAGUCUAACACCACCACCAGAAAGUGCCCCAGUUUCAGAAUGUGACCGUGAAAGGCAGGAACAUUCCUGUCAGGCACCUUCUGUUUACAUUAAGGUGGAGUCUGCUGUUCUCCAGGGCGAAAGCCUAUUUAUUCUCACAAUUCCACAACGAGAAACUGCCUCGCUUCCAGUCUAUGAGAGUGACAGCCAGGAACAGUCACCACAGGAGCCUUCAGUUUGCAGUGAGGUGAAAUCUGCAGACUCAGAGAGUGAAAGCCUAGCUAUUCUAGAGACUUCCUCUGUUUCACUUGGUGAGGGUGAAAGCCAAAAACAUUCACAUAAGAAGCCUUCUGUUUACAGCAAGGCAGAGUCUGCUGUCCUGGAGGACUUGGUUGAAGAGAUGGUUUGUCUGUCUGAAGAUAUGAAUGUUUUGGCAAAGUCCGUUUCUACUCAAGAGGGAUGUGAAAAGCACUUCUCCCCUCCAAAGGAGAUGUUCUACCAAGGUCCAGCUGACCACGCAGCUGCCGGACAUCCCACUCAUUUUGUGCCACAGAGUAAAAGAGAAGAGAGCAUUUACCGGGCUGAUCUUACAGAAUCAGCUGCACCAAUUCCUGCAGCGGAAGAUAAGUUGAGUAUGCCAGCCCUGUUGAGUGUAGUCACUGAGGAGGAAAAGGUGGCUUCUCAUGAAUGUGAACAUCUAGGGGAUUUAGCAAUCAAAAGCACUAGUUCCAGCAAAGCAAGCAUAUCCCCGUCUGAUAAUUCAGGUUCUGGAAAAAGAUCUAGUCAUAGCUCUGAUAGCAAGGAACCUGACAAACACUCUGAAGUUUCCUUAGUGAAGAUUAAAGACCUCUCAGAAGAGAUGCCUAGCAUUAGCAGUGGGACUUCAAAAUUUGAUAUAUCUGAGGUAGAGCCUGCGUAUUUGAACCUGUCAGAUCUCUACGACAUUGUAUAUUUUCCAUUUGAAUUUAUGAAUGUCAAGAAGCCGCCACCCAAACCAACUGGUAAAAGAUUUAUGCCCUUCGGUGAAAAGGUAAAAUUACCUCCUGCAACUAAAGAACAUUUGCAUCAGUAUAAAAGACUGUGCAUUAGAGAGGACAUUAAAUCCCCUGCAGAUAACUCACAAGAUGCCACGACAGGGGAAACCAGACAAAACCUAUUGAACAUUUCCAAAGAUGUAGGGCAGCCCCUUCAAAGGCUGGUGAAAGGGUCCGAGCCACCAAUGGGGAAAGGAGCUGAGGGCCAUGUGACAACUGAAUCCCAGCCAAUGUAUGGCUUCCAAAAGGACUCAGGUGGUAAGCAGAGAAGCUCCACACACAGCAAAUCAGGACUCUUUAAACCCUAUGGCAGAUCGCACUCAAUGGAGCAGUCAGUAGAGCAGACUCUGAAGAAGAAAGUAAAAGCUUCUGUUGCCCAUAUUUCAAGAAUCCUAAAAGGAAAGCCAGCCCCUGAACCGGAGCAAAGGGAAGCACCUUCUUUUGUAGAAGAGCUCAUGGAUCAGGAUGUUGCCCUGGGGCAGUCUGUGACUCUGUCCUGCCAAACGUCUGCCCAUUUCCCUCUGCACGUUGACUGGUUCAGAGACGGGGUGCCCAUUCGCAGCAGCAGUAGGAUACUGAUCUCAGCCACACUCAAAAACUUUCAGCUUUUAACCAUAUUGGUGGUUACGGCCGAGGAUUUUGGUAUUUACACAUGUGCAGCCAGCAGCUCCCUGGGUACAGCAUCCACCUCUUGUGUCAUAAGGAAGGCAGAAGUUCUUGCUAGCCCCCCAGCCCCUGAUAUUGUGGAGGUGUAUGAGGAUGGAGUGCAAAUGGUCUGGAAACCUGUGGAAUCUAACACCGUGGUUACGUAUACUGUACAGUGCAAGAGCAAAGAUGGUGAAUGGAAGACCCUUGUUACUGACAUGGCUGAUUGCUGCUACUAUGCCAGCAAUCUCUCCAGGGGCUUGGUUUACUCCUUCCGGACGGCCUGCCUCAGUAAAGCGGGAAUGGGACCGUACAGCAGCCCAUCUGCCAAAGUAAAGAUUGGUGAAAAAGACCAAACAGGUAAGCUGUUGGGGGGCCCGACCCACACUGCUACAGAGGGUGAAAGUGAAAUCAUGGCACCAGCAGAGCCUUUUCCAACCCAGCAAACCUACGCCUUCCAAACAGAGAUCAAAAGGGGGCGUUUCAGCAUCGUCAGGCAGUGCAGGGAAAAAUUAAGCGGAAAGGCGCAGGCUGCCAAAAUUAUCCCCUACCGGCAAGAAGACAAGCAGGCUGUGCUCCAGGAAUAUCAAAUCCUGAGGAAGCUUCAUCACACAAAUAUCGUUCAGCUGCAAGGAGCCUACGUGAGCCCACGGCACCUGGUGCUGAUCCUGGAAUUGUGCGUGGGGCCAGAGCUACUCCACUGUUUGGCUGAAAGGACGUCCUAUUCAGAGGUGGAGGUCAGAGACUAUCUAUGGCAGGUCCUCAAUGCAGUUGAGUUCCUCCAAGCACACCACAUCCUGCACUUGGAUCUGCGGUCUGAAAACAUGAUCAUUACUGAACCCAACCUGCUUAAACUCCUGGACUUUGGGAACGCGCAGUUCUACACGCCAGACAGAGUCAUUACCAUGGAUAGGUGCAUUGACUACGUAGAAACCAUGGCUCCAGAACUGCUGUCAGAGCAAGGAGCCCUCCCACAGACUGACAUCUGGGCUGUCGGCAUCACCGCUUUCAUCAUGCUGAGUGCCGACUACCCCCUCAGUUCUGAGGUGGCCUGUGACUUUCCGAGAAUCGCCAAGAAAGGGAAGGUGAAACUUACCAGAUGCUACGCGGGUCUGUCUGGGGGGGCCGUGGCAUUUCUUCAAAGCACGCUGUGCGCAAAUCCCUGGGGGAGGCCGUCGGUAUCGGAAUGCCUUCAGUUUCCAUGGCUCCAGGAGACGGGUUUGGAUGACAGACAGCAAGCGGUGGUCACUUUCUCCACCGCCAAGCUGAGGAGUUUCCUAGCAGAACGGGAGAAGAAAAGGAGCCUGCUAUGUUCAAAGUAUGGGCUGAUGGUUGCGCAGUGAAAUAGAUGGGAACACAGUGAAGAAUAGAUUCCCGCAUCCCACCCCGCAUGCCCCGACAAAUGUUUGCACUGGGGGUUUGUUACCUAAGUGUCAUUUCUGGUUACAGACCUGCUGCAGUAAACCAGUGACCCUGUCGCCUUAGAGAGAUUUGGGUGAGCAGGUCCCGUUAGACAUGAGUGAAUGGGAACUGGAUCGCUAGGUGGCUUUGAAAAUCCUUCCCUUAGAGUUCCAAGACAGCUCAUAAUACCGCUCAGUGACCUCCCCACAAGCUCCAGCAGCAGCACAGAGAUACCAGACCCCCAGCCACGUCAUGAGCCUUUCAGACGUUGCUCCCUGCAAUAACAGCACCCUCAGCUUCUCAGCCCCGGUGCUCACAUGAUACACAGAUCUUCUAGCCUGUCUCUCAAAACCAUACGGAGCCAGUAAAAGAUUUCCCUUGGAAUAUAGCACUGAGCUGGGGCUGGGGUAUAGGAGGCUGUUGAAUGAUAGUGAACCAGGAUGGAAUCAGAGUAUAUACAUCUUCACUGUUGAAAAAAAAUCCAUUGUGUGGCUAUCAGAUGAAAUAUAGUGUGUGUGCGUGUGUGUGUGUGUCUUCUAGGCAGAGUUGUAGGUAACUGGAGCUAUAAAUAACAUUUGUCCAAUAGGGCAUCUGAUGUGUCUGUCCCAUAGUAGCCGGGGCUAGAGUUGACCGACACAAUCAGCAUGCACCAAAAGUGACUGGACCCAGUGUGUAACGUACCAUGGCCGUUUUCACCUACGGCCACGCCAGUCAUCCGUGGGGACUGAACCCAAGACAAAACACAGGCCUCUGCCACUCACGCUGAAAGAGAAAUCUUUCCUCUGGAAGUAGCAGGCUGCCACUAGAGGGAGGCACGAUCACACUCAGUACAGGAGCGUUAUAUGCACAAUCUGCACAUUACUGCAGACGAGACUGUAACUGGGACUCUCAUGGUGCAUAGACAGUAACUGUCCCAGGUCAGCAGGCCAGAAGGAGCCAUGCUACGUUUGUGUCCAAUGGAAGUCAGUCUUGCAUGUACCUUGUACGACAGGAGAUACAAGAACAGCCAUUUGUGGCCAUCUUCCUGCUCAUGCAAGAGAAAAAGCACUGAUAGAGUCUUGCUUUUGCAAUGGAAGACUAAAUUAGCCCUCAGUAUGCUAGUCCUGCGGAUGACCCAGAUCGUGCCAUCCCAGACACAAGCCAAUUUUUUCUGCUAUGUGCUAAUAGUGUGGCAGAAUGUAUAGCAUGUAUCAAUGAGGGGUCUACGCAUGCCCCUGUGCAUUGUAAUAUAUGCAGCAUUGACUAAAAUCCUCAAAGGAUUGAUACUUACUGUGGUGAUAACCACAGUGAAUAUGAGCUCUGGGACAUGUAUUUAAAGUCUCCAGUCUUUAUGAUCAGAGGGCAAAUAUAUCAGACACCUAGUAGCUUAAAGCAACCCUAACUUGCUUUAUCUGAAUCUGCAGUCUUAAAAUGUAAAACACGCUGUUAGGAAUUCUAUGCUGAUUUUGCAGUACGCGGCCUUGAUAUAUUGAUAUGGGCUUCCGUAGGGUAGGUGGUCCCUGCGGGGAGAGAUUCGGCAGUUAGGAUUUUAGAGUGAGGCAUUCUCUCCCAGGAAGGACUCAAAUGCGCACGCUCCAAAAGAAAACUUUUGUCCACACCUGGGAGAGACUGUUCUGAAGCUGCGAAGGGCCAUACUUUGGGCCUUGAGUGAGUGGUUCAUUGCAGUGAACUCGCUGUUCUGCCUGGCUUGCUGUCGAAAGUGACCUGUGCCUGCUACCUUUGUUGGCUGCACUGUUCUGUGACUGUGGGUACAGAGGAAACGCCCACUCAUUGGGUGACUUUUGUAGGAACAGCUCUGCCCCUGGACAGACACCAGUUCCACAGAUGCUCGGAGGAGAUGUAAUAAACCCAGGACUUUGCAGUGAUGACGUUAGGGUAAUUUUUCCUUAAUGCCUACCGUAGCCUUUUUAAUCAGCCACACACAACACACGCCUUUUCACUGAAGCAAUCAAAGUAGCACAAUGUUUUCCAUUUUGAUUCUUCUACACAGCAAAGAUCACUUAUGCUUGACAGUUUGUUAGCAGUGCUUGCCUGCUGCUGGCUAUUCCAGGUAUGUCCGGGUAUAAUGCACCUGCCAUGCCGCUGAAUGUACGAGACACAUCCAGGCAGAAUGUGCCUGUUAUGCUGCUGAGAAUUCUGAAAUCUAGGUGGAGCACAGCUGUUGAAUGUGCUUGGUAUAUCUGGGUAGAACACACCUUGCUGAGCUGCUGAAUGUGCUAGGUGCAGCUAGGUAGAAAACACCUGCGGUGCUGCUGAAUGUAUCAGAUGUGUCUAGUUAGAAUGUGCCUGUUAUGGUGCUGAAUGUGCUGGGUGUCUCUAGGUAGACCACGCUAUUAUGCUGCUGAAUGUAUUGGGUGUAUCUAGGUGGAACACCUCUGCCCCCCCCCCCGUGCUGAUGAAUAUUCUAGGUGUAUCUAGAUGGAACACCCUCAUGCUGCUGAAUGUUCUAGGUGUAUCUAAGUGGAACACACCACUGUUCUGCUGAGUCCAUGCUAACUCUUUCAUUAUGAAAGAUGUUAAUAGAAAAUCAUCAGCUCAGCAGGUGCACUGUAAUACCAGUAUCACAUGGGGUUAACCCUUGCUUUAACUUAGGCUCUUGUUGGUACUAGCUGUACAGCAGUCAAAGGCACAUGAAGCAACAAAGACCUUGACCUCAUUAAGCACAGAAUUUGUCUAAAGGCAUUCUGCCACUUGGGCGCCUGGGCUGUUGAUUUGUAGAUCUUCUGAUAUAUUUGGGAGAUUUGGGAACAGAGUUACUGGAAAAUGUAUUUCAGUUUGAUUUCUAAAUAGAGGCCGCAACAUCCUGGAGCUUAGUGUCUUCCAUUGUGUCUAAAAACUGUUGUGGAUUAUUUUCAUUUACAUUUGAUGGUCUUAGCAUUGUAUUUCUUUUGUGAAUAUAAUCUCUGCAGUUAUGUGAAACGACUCAUGUAUCUAUUGGUUCUGGUGUGGUCAGUUUAUUGCACCAAAUAUCAUUUUGUGACUUUCAUUACAAAUGAUGUUUUGCUCAUAGUUCUGUAUCCAGAAGCAUUAAUGGGGAUGGGACAGGGAAAUCAGUUCCUAACGUGCUACCGUUUCAUAAGAUCAUGAAAGACUGAUAGUGUUUAAAUGGUGACAGCCUUUCCAGACAUGUUUAAUGCACGUUGGUAAGAUACUAAAAUGCAUAGCACUAAGGGCAAUUUGUGAAGGGAAAACCCAUUUAAGAGUACGAUUUUUAAUGUGGGUUAACAAAUAUCAAGACCUGGGCUCAUAUCCCCUUUCUCUUUCUUAUGCAAUUCAAAUUAACUGAGUUUGCUUCUCUAAUUUGCAUGCGUUUUGAACAUGUCAGAAGUCUUUUGUGCACUCAAUAUUGUUUUGUUAAA